AUGGACGGCGAGAAGAUGGCAUCUCCUCCUCCCAAUGGCACGGAGACUGUGCUGGAGACAGCCACAGUGACCAAGAUUGUUAGAGAUGAUGGCGUGAAAAUGAUUAACACCUUUGAGGUGGUGAAGAAGUUGGGGAAAGGAUCCUUCGGCAAGGUCAAGCUCUGCCGCAACACUCAUGACGGAGAGCUGUAUGCCAUCAAGGUGAUGGACAAGAACAUACUGCGAAGGAAGCGACAGGGCAUGACCAACAUGCUUGAGAACGUGAAGAAGGAGAUUGCGAUCAUGAAGAAAUUGAACCAUCCUCAUUGUGUCCGGAUGUACGAGGUCAUCGACGACCCCGACAGCAACAAACUCUACCUGCGCCUGGAGUACGUGUCAGGAGGUCAGUGCAUGCCGAGCGAGAACGGAACGACUCCUCUGCCGCUCGAGAAGGCUCAGUCGUACUUCGCUGAUCUCAUCAUCGGGUUGGAGUACCUUCACCACAACCAUGUGCUCCACAGGGACAUCAAACCUGAGAACCUGCUGGUGACAGCGGAAGGAAGGCUGAAGCUGGCGGAUUUCGGCUGUCCUUUCGUCAACUCUAACGUGAUGCGGCUCUAUGAGAUGAUCCAGGAAGAUCCUGUGACCUUCAAAGAAGGGAACCCGUCGGAGCGUCUCAAGAUUGCCGCCAUAAAGGAGCACGAGUGGUUCAAGCCCAUCAGCGAAUCUCCCAACCUCGGAACUCCUGUAGCCGUGUCCGAAGCAGAGAUCGCAAACGCGUUUUCCAUGUCGGAGCGGGUGGUUCUGCUCGUCAAGAUCCGCGAGCGCAUGCUUGGAAGACUCCGCAACGUCCGCAACACGAUCGCAGAGCGGAAGGGGAAUGGAGUGGAUGGGAAGGUCGAGGCGGAGGCUCCUCCGGUGUCGAUAAAGGAGGGAGAGCAGCAGGCGGUGGAGAUUCCUGAAGGCAUGGUGGAGCAAGUCGACUCGGAUGACGAAGGGAGCAAGGGAGAGCCCACCACCAGCAGUCGGAGCGAGUCGCGAUGCAGGAUCAUGUAA